AUGGUGGUGCUGCAGGUGGUCGGGAUGGCCGCCGGGAAGAAUGAACGGGAUCUGUACAAGGACGAGGAAAGCAAUUGGAGGAAGGUGCUUAAAUGGUGCAAGAAGAGUCAGAUCUCCAAGGACAAAGAGUCCCUGACCCUCAAGACGCAGGAGCGGCUGGAGGAGCCGGACAAGGCCAAGGAGACGGACAAGGCCAAGGAGACGGACAAGGCCAAGGAGACCGAAGCGGAAAACUCGCCAGUCUCAGUCGAAGCCGUCCUCCGCUCCGUCCUGUCCACAGGGCUGCUGUCCCAAAGCCUGGAGUUCAGCUCUCCCGCUGACAACUACACGGUGUGCGAAGGUGACAACGCCACCCUCAGGUAUGGGGACUCAGAAGGUCUCCCACGUCGGCAGAGAGGCCGUGAGAGGCACAGAUUCUGGGCCUCNNNNGACCGCUGGACCAGCGACCCGCGGGUGCGGCUGCUCAUCAACACGCCCGAGGAGUUCUCCAUCCUCAUCACCCAGGUGGGGCUGGGCGACGAGGGCCUCUACACCUGCUCCUUCCAGACCCGCCACCAGCCCUACACCACUCAGGUCUACCUCAUCGUGCACGUCCCUGCCCGCAUCGUGAACAUCUCCGCGCCUGUAACAGUGAAUGAGGGGGGUAAUGUGAACCUGCUUUGUCUGGCUGUGGGGCGGCCGGAGCCCACCGUCACCUGGAGGCAGCUCCGAGACGGCUUCACCUCCGAGGGCGAGAUCCUCGAGAUUUCCGACAUCCAGCGGGGCCAAGCUGGGGAAUACGAGUGCGUGACUCACAACGGGGUCAACUCGGCGCCGGACAGCCGCCGCGUGCUGGUCACAGUCAACUAUCCUCCGACCAUCACCGACGUGACCAGCGCGCGCACCGCCCUGGGGCGGGCCGCCCUCCUGCGCUGCGAGGCCAUGGCGGUGCCCCCCGCGGACUUCCAGUGGUACAAGGAUGACAGACUGGGGCGGGGUCCGGGCGGACUGCGGCGACUCCGGGACCUCCCUGAGACUCACCGGGAGCUUAGGAAAGAUGGGAAGGAGGAGGAUGCCGAGGCUUUAGGAACUGCGGCGAGAAAACGCCCAGGAUCCCUGGAGAACUCGGCGCCGAGGCCCCCAGGGCCCCUGACCCUCCUCUCCGCCCUGGGCUGGCUGUGGUGGAGGAUGUAGAGAGAGCCCAGCGCAGCUCGCCUCCCCCUGCGGGGGCCUGAGGCCGAGAGUGAGCGAAAAGGGGGGGAAGCAAACGGCGUGGGUCUCCAAGGGGUGGAAGAGCUCUCGGCCCCCGAGGAAGAAGAGGAGGAGGAGGAGGAGGAGGAGGAGGAGGAAAGAUCUUUAGAGAACCCAUCACUGUGAGGGAUAAAGCAAAAUUAUGCAUCUUUCUACAGCCAUUCUCGCCACCGUUCACUUUUCCGAUCGUGACCCCUCCACACACACCCCACACCCCUCUCUUAGCUCAGGCUGUCAACUGAA